AUGGUUCCAUCUGCUUUUCCCUGUUUGUUUGGCGAGAAAUCAUCGGAAUUUUCAUCUUCGAUUGUUCUGUUAGCUAUAAGAGUAACGUGGUCGUGGUUUGCCUUUUGUUAUCGUAUUUUUCCUGCCGUUUUCUCACCUGUCGAAGAGGAUAUAGGGAUUGGGUAUUCUGAUUACUUGAUUGAAGGGUUGGUGCAUUUACGAAUCGACCCAAUUCAUGCUACUUGUAGACAUUCUGGCUCUCGUUUUAUUCCAGCUUUCUCCUUGCAGUUGAAAAAGGAUUUGAAUAGAGGUAUUUUGUUUAUGAAACCUCAAUCAUUCAAUUCAGAUAGUGCUUCAGUUCAACCUUUAAAAGCUUCCUCAUUGGGCCACUUCCACAAUACACUGCCAUCCAAAGCUGUUCUUGGGCUUUGGAGAAGUGCUGAUGCAGUAUGCUUUGAUGUGGAUAGCACAGUAUGCCUAGAUGAGGGUAUUGAUGAACUUGCAGAGUUUUGUGGAGCUGGAAAGGCUGUUGCAGAAUGGACUGCUAAAGCAAUGGGUGGUUCUGUUCCUUUUGAGGAGGCCUUGGCAGCCAGACUUUCUCUAUUCAAACCUUCCUUAUCUCAGGUCCAAGAUUUUCUUGAGAAGAGGCCUCCAAAGAUCUCUCCUGGCAUGGAUGAGUUGGUCAAGAAGCUGAAGGCUAAAAAUACUAAUGUUUAUUUGAUCUCUGGAGGCUUUCGUCAAAUGAUCAAUCCUGUUGCAUCUAUCCUUGGGAUUCCGCCUGAAAAUAUUUUUGCUAACCAAUUGCUCUUUGGAAGUUUGGGGGAGUUUCUAGGGUUUGAUGCAAAUGAGCCUACUUCAAGAAGUGGAGGAAAAGGAACUGCAGUGCAGCAGAUAAGGAAGGUUCAUGGGUACAAGGCUUUGGUUAUGAUUGGUGAUGGUGCAACUGAUCUUGAGGCUAGAAAACCAGGGGGUGCCAACUUGUUCAUUUGCUAUGCCGGUGUUCAACUUCGAGAGACUGUAGCAGCAAAAGCUGAUUGGUUGGUUUUUAGUUUUGCAGAUCUAAUAAUUUCCUUGGAAUAUUUUCUAAUCUUCUGGAUUUAAAAUGUGUUACUCUAUUUCUUUUUCAUUUUAAUGUUCUAUUUUGUUGGCCAAGGACACGCAGGCUGUAUUAAUUAAGUGUUGCUCUCAUUUUUUGAGACGACCAAUAAAAAUUGGUGCUUCUUUUCGAGGUGUUAUUACACCAUGAUUGAUCAUAA